AGGCGUGCGCGGGAGCGGGGCCGGGCGGCGCGGCGGGGCCGGGCUGAGUUUCUUUGGAGAAGAAAAACCUUAACAUGGCAAGCAAAGGAAGUAAUACAGACUGCAUGUCAUGCAGUGUACUGAACUGGGAGCAGGUCAGCCGUCUGCAUGAGGUUCUUACAGAGGUGGUCCCAAUCCAUGGAAGAGGUAACUUCCCGACGCUGAAGAUAACUCUGAAGGACAUUGUUCAGACUGUUCGGAGUAGGCUGAAUGAAGCAGGCAUUGCGGUACAUGAUGUCCGUCUGAAUGGCUCUGCAGCUGGCCAUGUCCUGGUCAAGGAUAAUGGUCUGGGAUGCAAAGACCUGGAUCUCAUUUUUCAAGUUUCUCUUCCAAGUGAGGCAGAGUUUCAGUUAGUUCGAGAUGUGGUGUUGCGCUCCCUCUUGAAUUUCUUACCAGAAGGAGUAAGCAAGCUAAAAAUCAGUCCAGUAACACUGAAGGAAGCCUACAUCCAGAAGCUAGUUAAAGUGUCAACAGAAUCGGACCGUUGGAGCUUGAUAUCACUUUCCAACAAACAUGGUAGGAACGUGGAGCUGAAGUUUGUGGACUGUAUAAGACGACAGUUCGAGUUCAGUGUGGACUCUUUCCAAAUCAUACUGGAUUCCCUGCUUUUCUACUAUGACUACUCAGAAAACCCCAUGUCAGAGCACUUCCAUCCAACUGUGAUUGGGGAGAGUAUGUAUGGAGACUUCGAAGCAGCUUUUGAUCACCUCCAGAACAAGCUGAUAGCUACCAAAAAUCCUGAAGAGAUCCGAGGUGGUGGACUUCUGAAGUAUAGUAACCUCUUAGUGCGAGACUUCAGGCCCAUGGAUAAAGAUGAGAUCAAAACAUUGGAGCGCUACAUGUGCUCCCGAUUCUUCAUAGACUUCCCAGACAUCCUGGAUCAGCAGCGCAAACUAGAGACCUACCUCCAGAACCACUUCUCCAAAGAAGAGAGGAGCAAAUAUGACUACCUCAUGAUUCUGCGCAGGGUGGUGAAUGAGAGCACUGUGUGUCUCAUGGGACAUGAGCGAAGACAGACUCUCAACUUGAUUUCUCUGCUGGCACUCAGAGUACUGGCAGAACAGAACAUCAUCCCUAAUGCCACUACUGUUACCUGUUAUUACCAGCCAGCACCUUAUGUUAGUGAUGUGAACUUCAGCAACUACUACCUUGCGAAUGCUCCUGUGCCAUAUAGCCAGUCCUACCCGACUUGGUUGCCUUGCAAUUGAUCAUUUCACUCCAGUGUUCUUGAGUGGAGGCUACUAAAAGCCAAGCUGCCAAGUGUAUAUACAUAAUGACUGCUGGUUGGAGGCUUUCUAAUAAAUAUGACUCUGUUGGACUAACCAUUUCCUGGUGUGCGGUAGGAAUACACAGCCAGGUGAUGUGUGAAGAACCUUUUCAGUAUAUCUCUACAAAUGCCAAGAAGCCUUAUUACCUCCUCACUGGGAGAAGAGAACCAGCAGCCAAAUGUUAGAGGAAUAGUUACAAAACUAGGUACCAGUCUUGGAAAUAGCUGUUAACAUGUCAUCUAAGUGGAGUAUUCAGUAAACUGGGUUAGUUAAUAGAGCAAAGACUGGAAAAUGUCUUGUGCAGAGCAGAAGUUGAUCCAAAACUCUGCUUUCUAUUGCCUAAUCUCAUUACUUUAUACUUCCUCAGUUCAAUUUUUAGUCAGCUUUCUAUUGAACUAAUUGUGCAAGAGUGGGCUUGUGUCAUGCUUGGGCUGCUUCUACUUUCUGGCUGUGUAGAACUGAUAAUGGUAUGGAUAUUGUCCCUCUUGUAGAGGGCCUAAAGGUUCUUUCCCAUAGUACAUGGGUGUGUGUGGUCCUGCCUCAAGUUCAAGAUAACAUCUUGGAAGUUGAAGAUGAGUUAGUAAAUCUGUCCCUAAAGCAUGAGCUGGCUAAACUUUUCUUGAGUACAAAAAGGGAUGGAAGGUGGCUUGUCUAAACAUGUACCAAAACCUGAUUAAAAAAAAAUUACUAAGUCCUUGGAAUAAGGCAUUAAAACCUUAAAUUGGAACCGCUGUUUGAAUGGUGAAGAUGGGAAAAUACUAUUAAGUAUAGGCUUAAGAUAAAGUCUUUGUAUCUUUCAAAACAGUUAUUGGCACAGUUGGAAAGUAGCACAGCUCUUACACUGAAGUGUGACUUAACUUUCUUCCUCAUGGGUCCACAGCAGGCAAAAAAAAAAAAAACACCACUAACUUGUAGUCUGAUGUGCACGUCUGUCACAGUAUAAAUUCCUUAAGUGCCUCCUAAGGAUUUUUUUUCUUGUACAAAUUCAGGAGGUCCUGAAAGCUUGCCUUUGUCUCUUCUUAAGGGUUAAGCUUACUGGCAUAUUAUCACUUGGUCACUGUAUGAGAUAGUAUUGUGGGAGGUUAAAGUCAAGAUCUUUGUCUUUAGCAGUCUUAACCUUCACUUCAUGUAUAUAAACCCUAAGCAGAGCUUUCCACAGAGGCUGUGUGUAGUGAAAGUCUAUCCCUAUUUUCAGAAUAGCCUCUGAAAGAGUGUGUACUCCCUUGGAGGCUGACCUUCUUAAAGGGUAUGUGCUGAACUUGCUGCUUUGAUGCUCCUGUGCUUUAUAAGGAUGGUUAAGAGUUCCACGGUUCUGUAUGCAGCAGUACUAGAAACUGACUGGUACACUGACUGGAAGACUUUUUCACUGAACUGCAAUAAAAAAAAUACAUAUAGCAAAUGAUCUUGAGGUUCCUUUGCUUAACCAGAGAAGUACUAGAAACAGAAAGAGGUACAGAACUAGAAAUGCAAAUAGUUGAGAUACUUAAUAUGUACCGGUGCAAUGUUUAAGGAUACUUAAUUGCUAACCCUUCUUUGGUCUCACAAGCUCAUGCAAACAGCUAGAAGUCAAAGUGCUGAAUCAAACAAAUGAUUUAUGUGUAGAAGGUAAAGCAGAAAGCAGAUGAAACACCUAUAGCUGAUAAUAGAAGUAGAAAACAGUAGCAGUGCAGCACUUACCUGGCAGUGAAAAACUGCUUAUUCUUGGUAGGACCAAAGACUUCUAGUUAUGAAAAGUGGGAGAACUUGCAACAUAACUGAUUCAUGAAGACCACGUUAGUACAGCAGCAGAGCUACUGUUUCCUUCAUUUAGCUUAAGAAGGCAGGGAGGGAUACAAUUGGGGAAGCAGGCUGUAGCCAGGUAUGCUUUAGGUUAAUUUCUUGAACAGUCUUGUAAGCAUCUUCAGUAGCAAAUAGACAGUUUAGUGGCUUUUUUAUUAUUGAAGGCUCUUGAAUAGUCUGCCAAAGUAGUUGAAUUUAAAAGUAAACCCAUUCUUUUAUAUAAACUGUGGCUUGGACUUGGAGUAGCAUACAGGCAAGGUACAUCUCACCCAAGACACUAGUUGGAAGGCUUUUUAAAAAAACUAACAAAUUGCUGGUGUUGUCAUUUAUGUCAAACUUAGAGCAAGCUUACUGCCAGAAUGAGUAACUUCUGCAUGAGGAGCAAUACUUGGACCAGUACAGAGUAUCACCAGAAGGGAGGAAGUCUUUUUAAGAGUUUAAUUGCUCUCAUCUCUUAAAUAGCUUCAGCUGGCUUUAAAAAAAAAAAAAAGCUAUGCCCACUGCAGAAGUAAACCAGUGCCUAGAGGGACAUGUUUGAUUUUCGUUUCAAAUAGCUUACACUCAUGUCUUACAGGAUCUCACAGCUUAUCUUUAGGAAAUCUCAUGGCUGAUCUUUAGGAGCUUUCUGUGCAUCAGCUCAUGUGGAAGAAGUAGUCCAUGCUCGGGAGGGAGUCCUCAUUAGCUUGAAGCAAGCUGACUUAUUUCUUACUAGUCUUUGAAUACCUUGGCUGCUGUGCAUCAGGCCAGAUGUAUCUAAUGGAAAAGAAAGUGCUAGAAAGCUCUCUUGGAUUUAUGCUGGGACAGAGCUAUGGAGAACUCGAGCUUUCUGCCAAAAGUAUUUGUGCUUUUGCUAAUGUAACUUGUAACAGAGGAUUCUAAGGAAGCUUUCUUAAAAGUUGAAUGGCUGUUCUCUGAAUGUCUGACUUCCUUGGUUUAAGCUUUGCAGGACUGCUGUGUUCCCUGUCUGCAUCUUAAAUUGCUCUGGGAUAAUAAAUAAUUGAUGCUUUUUAGUCUGGAUUGUUAACGUCUUGAGUAGUUAAACUGUAGCCUGAAGUUGCACAUUACCUACUGCGUUGGCACUAAUAUAUAAGGGAUUGCUGGAACAAUGUUGGGUCUCAUUGCCUUCAAAACAAGCCUGGCUUGGUGGUCUAGGUGGAGCUGAAAUACUGAAUAGCUUUUCAUCGUGGUGCUGCCAGCAGUCUACCCCUUUCUGACUUCAAGGUGUCCUGGCAGCCUGAUGUUGCAGGUAGCAGCAGCUUAAUCUGGUGCAUGCUAGUUGGUUUGGAGUCAGGUUUAUGGGGGCCCUGUAGCUGGGAGUAACAUGAGAAUAAGUGCUAGGUUAAAGUAAUGACCUUAGGCCAAGUUUAGGCUGCCUGCAUGAUUCAGUCUUCCUUUGGUGCUAAAUGAUGUAAACCUGCCCUCUCCUCUGCUUGCUACUGUAUCAAGUGAAGGUUUGAGACAGGCUGUUACACUUCAGGCUAUUACCCAAAUGCAUUCCCUCAAGGCAGCAGCAUCAAAGCAAAGUUACAGCGAUACUGGACUGCAAGACUUGUAUCUGUGCAUCAUUCCUAAGGACUAGGCUUCUAGGAAACUAGACUGUAUGGUUUAAAAUAGCUCUCUUCUUCCUGUAGCUUAAACUCUGUGGGGCUAAGUCAGUCUGAGGCUAAGCAUCUGUUUUGAAUAUUUAUCACCAAGUCCUCCUUAACAUACAGUUUAUUAAUAUUUUUGUUCAUUUGUAAGAUAGAUGAAAUCUUAUAUUUGAUAAAGAUGCUACCAAGGAGACCUACUAGUAGGGUGGGUUCUAGUCACUUCCCUGAAAUCCCUAUGCUGAUCCACAGUCAUUCUGGAAAGCUACAAAGUAAAGCAUGUCUUAUGCUCCCCCAGCUCAAGACUUAACUGUUGCUGUGCUUGUCCUCAGCUUGUUGAGUUAGUCACUAAGCUGGAGGCUGCUUUUGAGUAACCAUUUUUCAAAAGUUCUUCACCUUUUGCUUUAACGUGAAUAUCUCUUCUACAAAGCAGAAGAUAGUAUUUAAAUCUAGUCCACGUACCUAGAGAUUUUUUUUGAGACUUAAAACCCCAAAAUUUUUUGUGACUGAGUUGUAGAGUUAAGCACUUGGUAUGUUUUGUGCCUAGAUGUUGUGGGUUUCUGUUUGCUAGAAUUACUGCAAAUGUUUGUAGUGAUCUCUGCUUAUUGUGUGAUUGGUUGGGAAAAGGCCUCUUAGAAAAUAACUUGGGCAAAUUGCUUCAAUUCUGUGUACUGAUAGAACGUGUUUGCUGUCCCUCUUAUUAAACUUGUUGAAUCAGAGUGCCGCAAUUGUUAGGCAAAGAAAUAAGCAAUAAGAUGGCCAUCAUUACUGGCAAAUUGGUCUAAUCUGGGCAUUGGGAGAGUCAAAUGGAUAGUGAUACUUAUAGCUUUUGCAUCUAAGUCUUACUCAAACCAUUGCUGUCAAUGACUUGUUAAAUAUGGUGAAGUGUUUCAUAUGUGCUCUUUAAUUUCAUUGAAACUUGUUAUAAGGUGGGAUGCUGGGCUAUAGCUGUAGAAGCUUUUGUGGGAAUGGUUGGAGCACUCCAGUUUUUCUCCUUCUUUGGAAGAGAAGGCCACUCACUGAAGUAUCUGCAUUGGGCUUGUCUGUCUUUCUUUCUGAUUAAAACUGCACUUUUUGUUGAAAUUUGAAGGCUUUUUUCUAUGUUUUUCUUUUUUUUACUAUUAGAAGUCAGCUCUUGGAAAAUCUCAUGCUUGUUCGAAAAAGUGAGUUUUCCCUUUAAGCUGGCAGAACAAGAUACUAGAAGUACUUGGAUUUGUGAUGAGCCCGGAUGUGAGAUUGGUCACAACAACUUUAUCUACUGUUCUGCACUGUGGUAUUCACUUGUCACCCUUGGAAACUGGGUUUUGGACCGUAAUGAUACUGCAAUUCCUGUACAAAUAAACUUAUGCUAAACAUU